CUUGCCGUCUCACGGUGAUCUGAAACAGUGAUGUGACCGAAGCGACACAGUGGCUGUUGUUACAACAGGCAGCGUCCGGAUCUAAACAGCAGGGAUGAAGACAUUGUGAACUCUCAAAGCUCAGCUAGAGUGCCUGCCGCAUAGAUGGAGCGGCUCCACUGGGUGCAGCAUCGCUGUCGGCAGUUGCUGGAGGGAAACUCGGGGCAAGGCUGGUACUCUGCCCCUGAUGGCCUGCCCAACAAAAGCUCCUCACACAGAGUCAGUGGAAAGCGGAGAACGGUGUUUGCCCGCCAUGGGCCUCACCAACAGGAGUUCGAAGCCAUCUCCAAAGGCUAUAAAGGCAAUGCCAUCCACACGACCAAGUACAGCUUGUUGACUUUCAUCCCCAUGAACCUGUUCCAGCAGUUCCACAGGGUUGCCAACCUCUACUUCCUGUUCCUGGCCUUACUGAACUGGGUGCCUGUUCUUGAGGCCUUCCAAAAGGAAAUUACCAUGAUACCCUUGCUGGUGGUUCUCUCUGUUAUCGCCAUCAAAGAUGCCUUGGAAGACUACAGACGCUACUUGUUCGACAAGAACGUCAACAGCCAUGUAGUGCAAGUGUUCUGUGGCAAGCAGAACGCCUACGUUGACCAGUGCUGGAAGGAUGUGCGAGUUGGAGACUUUGUCCGUCUGUCCUGCAAUGAAAUCAUCCCUGCUGACAUGCUGCUGCUGUAUUCCUCUGACCCUCAUGGGGUUUGUUAUAUUGAGACUGCCAAUCUCGACGGAGAGACCAACCUGAAACAGAGACAGGUGGUUUUAGACCUCCCAGUGAUGGGAGGAGACGUGACCAUGGAGAACUUCCACAGUCGCAUUGAGUGUGAGAACCCCAACGAUGACCUCAGCAGGUUCAGAGGUUACAUAGAGCACCCCAGUGGGCUUCGUGUUGGCCUCCAUAACAGCAACCUCCUGCUGAGGAGCUGCACCAUCCGCAACACUGAGACUGUAGUGGGCAUCGUGGUCUACGCUGGUCAUGAGACUAAAGCCAUGAUGAACAACAGCGGGCCGAGGUAUAAGCGCAGCCAACUGGAAAAGCGUCUGAACACGGAUAUCCUGUGGUGUGUGCUCCUGCUCAUCACCAUGUGUCUGACUGCUUCAAUAGGUCACGGUCUCUGGGUGAAGGACUUCAAAGACCCUAUAUUUGUGGUGGAUACGGAGACGUCUCCUGCUCUGGCUGGAUUCUAUGUCUUCUGGACUAUGAUCAUUGUGCUGCAGGUGCUGAUCCCCAUUUCUCUGUAUGUGUCCAUUGAGAUUGUGAAGCUGGGCCAGAUCUACUUCAUCCACAAUGACUUAGCCCUGUAUAAUGAGCAGCUGGACUCUAGAAUCCAAUGCCGGGCCCUCAACAUCACUGAUGACUUGGGUCAGAUCCAGUACCUGUUCUCUGAUAAGACAGGAACUCUGACAGAGAACAAGAUGGUGUUCCGCCGCUGCAGUAUCUAUGGGGUUGAAUACCCUCAUGAGGAAAAUGCUCGGAGGCUGGAGGUGUAUGAGGCUGAGAAGGAAGAGGCCGCCGGUCGCUCCGUGACUCUGAAGUCGGGCUGCAGUCGUAAAUCUCUCAGCUGUCGCUCCCUCAGCUGCAACCGCAGCUCUGUUUCCCUGCACACACUCACUGCUGAGUCAGAAGAGGAGGACCAACUGUCCAAUCACAACCAGCCCAGAACCAGUGCCUUCUGCAGCCGUGUGACUAAGAACGUGGUACCAGACCCUGAGCUGGUGAGGAAGCUGAGUUGGCUCUGUUCUCCUGUGCUGCCUGUGAGUGACAUUUCCUCUGGGACUCCAUCCAGCCUGGAGGUGACCUACAUCACUGACUUCUUCCUUGCUCUGGCCAUCUGUAACAGUGUGGUGGUCUCUUUGCCGAGCCAGCCUCGACAUGUGCUCCCCAAAGCACGAACACCUCUGAAGUCCCUGGAGGAAAUCAAGCUGAUGUUCCAGCGCUUCAGCUUCUCUCCUUUCUCAGCCCUCUCCCCUCCUCAGACCAGAGGCAGCCCACGCACUUUUGCCAGCAGGCUGUUUUCCCUGGGGAAGACCGGCUCCUUCACCCUCUCCACACCCCCAGACAGCACCACAGACGUGUCAGAACCAGGCCGAGAAAGCAACCUGCAGGCGUCCAACCUGAGGCGUAAACUGGACCUAUCUUCCACAGUGGAAGGAGGAGGCGCUGGACUGAUGGAGGACAGGGACACAGUGGAUGAUAUCAAGGAUUUUAAGAAAAUCCCUGAUGGGGCCCGGCAAGAUGUGGAGGACCUGGGCAGAGAAAUGGGCUCUGAUGAGGAGCUGCUGUAUGAGGCAGAGAGUCCAGACGAGGCAGCUCUGGUCCAUGCAGCCCAGGCAUACUGCUGCACCCUGAGGAGACGUUCUGCAGAGAGCCUGCUGGUGGAUCUGCCAGGAAUUGGCUCUCUGACUGUCCAGCUCCUCCACAUCCUGCCCUUUGACUCCAACAGGAAGAGAAUGUCAGUGGUGGUCCGCCACCCACUCUCAGGACAGCUGGUGGUUUACACCAAGGGAGCCGACUCUGUCAUCAUGGACCUAACUGAGACACCUAAAGGUGCCGAGCAGGCUCAGGAGAUCUACAGUCACAUCAGAGAACAAACCCAAAAACAUUUAGACAGUUAUGCCAGAGAUGGACUCCGCACACUCUGCAUUGCUAGAAAGGUUCUGGAAGAGGAGGAGUAUGAGGUGUGGCUGAAGAGGCAGCGUCUGGCAGAGAACUGCAUAGAGAACAGAGAGGAGCUGCUUCUGGACUCAGCUCAGAGACUAGAGACCAACCUCACCUUGCUGGGUACCACAGGGAUUGUAGACAGACUGCAGGAAGAGGUCCCAGAGACCAUUGAAGCUCUUCAGCAGGCUGGGAUCAAAGUCUGGGUUCUCACUGGAGACAAAAAGGAGACAGCCAUCAACAUCGCCUGUGCCUGCAAACUCCUCAGUCCCAAUGAUCAGCUGUUGACAGCAAGCUGUGACAGCAAGGAUGCGUGUGCAGCUUUACUUGAGGAGCUCAAAUCAGAAGUGCAGCGUGGUGAUGACAGUUUGACUGAACAGACUGCAGCAGGGAAUCAUGGGGAAUCCUCCUCAGGCACUGUGGCCAGCUUCAUCCUGGUCAUAGAUGGCCGCACCCUAGACUGGGCCCUGCAGGAGGAGUUGAAGGAAGACUUCCUGGAGCUGAGCUGUCAGUGCAAGGCAGUCAUCUGCUGCAGAUCCACUCCACUGCAGAAGAGCCAGGUGGUCCAGCUGAUCCGGGACCAGCUUGGCGCCAUGACCCUGGCUGUGGGUGAUGGAGCCAAUGAUGUGAGCAUGAUUCAAGUGGCUGAUGUGGGCAUUGGGAUAUCUGGUCAGGAGGGCAUGCAGGCUGUGAUGUCCAGUGACUUUGCCAUUUCCAGGUUUAAACACCUAAGAAAGCUGCUGCUGGUCCACGGCCACUGGUGUUACUCUCGCCUUGCAAACAUGAUCCUCUACUUCAUCUACAAGAAUGUGAUGUAUGUGAAUCUGCUGUUCUGGUAUCAGUUCUUCUGUGGUUUCUCUGGGAGUGUCAUGACAAACUCCUGGGUGCUCAUCCUCUUCAACUUGGUGUUCACCUCUGUUCCACCUCUCGUCUACGGCGUCCUCGAUCAACAGGUGCCUUCAGAAACUCUGAUGGAGCUGCCUGAGCUCUACCGAGCUGCACAGACCUCUAAGAUCUAUGUUCCUCACACGGUCCUUAUCACGCUGCUGGAUGCUUUUUACCAAAGCCUCGUCUGCUUCUUUGUGCCUUACUUUGCAUUCAGAGGAUCAGACAUUGGUGAACUGGCCUUUGGCUCGCCAAUCAACACCUCAGCUCUUCUUAUCAUCCUGCUUCACCAAGUUUUGGAGAGUCACACUCUGACAUGGAUUCAUGUGCUGGUGUUGGUGCUCAGUGGUGCUCUCUACUUUGGCUUUGUGGUGCUCUUCAGUUUGUUCUGUGUGACCUGUAGCCCUCCCACCAACCCUUUGGGGGUGGAAACGCUCCAGAUGUCCCAGCCUAUCUUCUACAUCGUAUGUGCUCUCACUACCGUGAUGGCUCUGUUACCCAGACUGUUGUUCCGAGCUCUGCACAACACCUUCCAGCCCUCUGCUCUUCUGAAAUCAGCUCAGAUGGACAUUGCAGAUUCUGAAAAUUACCGCAGGAGAAUGCAGCGCUGGAACCUCAGUCAUUCCAGAGUCAACAGGUUGCCAGUAUGUGCAGACAACCCUGGCCUGGAGCCCAGCACAGACUCAGCGGUGUCGUGACCCCUCUACACACACACACACACACAGACACACAGACACACACACACACACACACACACACACAGUCAUAGCAGUCAUGACGGUCAUACCAGUGUAUGAUCUGGCAAGGGAAAAAACUUUUCAUUGACAUGCGGGAUCCUAGUGCAUGCCACUGACAGUAUGGAUUCAGUAAAAGGCUACGUAUGGAUGUUCCACUCAUCAGCUAUUUAUAGGCUCCACUGAAAACUGCUCAUUUUGCUACAUGUGAAUAGCCAAAGAAUUAAGAGACUAAUUUACCAUAAAGAAAGUCAUGUUUUAAUUGAACAAUUUCUAUUUACUGACUGAAUCAGAAUGGUGAGUGUCUGUUGAAAUAUCUGUUUAUGGGAACAUAUGCUGUGAAACAUGAUCAUCAUGUAAAAUAUUUAUAGAAAAUACUGUUUUUAAAGCAGCUGUAUAAUAUGUAUCAUUUGAACUUUUUAAUCCUCUGACAUGUGUCAUGAAGGAGUGAGACUAGCCUUUACUGGCCUUCAAUCUGUGCUACAGUUUACAUGGUGAGCCACCAGGCUGGAUGAGGUGGGAAAUCUGCUGGACUGAUGCACACCAUCAAGGCCACCUUUGCACUGCAGGUGAAAGUGCUCACCAACCAAAACCAAUCAGCCUUUUUUUUUUUCAUUCCAUCUUGUGAUUCAUGAUCACAUUGUGUUUGAACACAGAGGUUCCUCACUCUUAUCUUUUUUUAAAGUCAUAGUGUCCUGAAAUCUGUCCAAAUCACAGUUUCACUAGUUUACUUUCAGAUGAAUGUGAGUGUCACAGUUGUGUUAUUAUAUUGGUCAUGAACAACUGAGACAAAAAUCUGACUUUUUAAACGAUAAAUCAGGAGUGAACAUUAAAGCUAUGACAAAUGUGUUUGACCACAAGGGGGCAGAAAAAACAAACAUGACAUGUUAACGAACAGCUACUUACACAACAAAGAGACACGGACCAACAUCAGCAUCCCAUCGGAGCGUUUGUGUCCACCGGAUGAAAUCCAAUAUCCACUCUCUUUGUAGCUCUGGGUUGCUCUCCACCUAUUCCUGAGGGAAACAGCUGGCUCCUUAGCUGUGACUGUAGAUCUAUAACUUUGUUUGCCAGCUUUGAUUACUUGAGCUCUUUUCUUAAUGGUACAAAACAGGGCGAGGGUGCUGUUCUUCCAACACAAACAAGGCCUUCAACCUCAAUAUGAAGGAGGCAGGCAGAGCAGCACCAGUCCACUGCUGUGUGUGAUCCACUGGUCUCUCAUUAGAUGGUACUACAGUAAACCAGAUCCUUUUGUUGCACUCAGUCACACUUCAGAGCAUUCCUCACUCAUAUCUCUUUAAUCUGUAGUUCACACUGCUUGAUGAUUAACAAAUGCACUGGCAUGCUUACAAUUGUUUGAAUGUGAGCUGUGGAUGGUUUGUUGAGGUCAGACAGAUGUUACAUCGAGGAGCCUGCUCAGCUGCUCUCUCUGCUGUGUGACACCAUAGCAGAUGAGGUCAGUUGGGGUAAAUGGAGGAUUAAUCACUGACUGACUUGAUUUUGAAAUGUUCUUGUGUUGCUCUAAUCAACAUACAACAAAUGCUGAAGUUUUUAUCUGUGCAUGAAUGGCAUGGCAGUACUACAUCAUUGAUCAAAGACGCUGAAGCUGAGUGGCUUCUCAGGUUAGCCUGAUGCAUUUGCAUCAGUCAUAAUUGUUAGGCUGAGCUUUACUAACAGGGAUUAACACAGAUAAUGCUCAAAGGUGAUUCUUUUCCCCAGUUUGUAGUAUUUUCCAAAACACGUUUUCAGAUUAUUUUUUUAACCCAUGAUUGAACCAAAAUUGUAAUUCUUCUAUAUCAGAUUAGAUUUGAUUAUGUAAAUUGACAAGGUUGCACCAAACACCACGUGCUUCAUUAUCAAAGUACUGUUUCCCUGACCAUGUGUUUGCAGGUUUUACCUCCAUAACUACAAGUCAUGUUAAGUUGUUACAUUUUUGCAGACUGUUUUCAAAUGCAUGUUGUAUAGUUUUAUAUUAUUGGAGGUGUUGUUGAUAUUAUUCUAUGCAAUCAAUGGUUUCCACUAAUUUCUGUAAAUGUAAAUCAAUUAGCAGACUCUUUAAAUGUGCUUGAGUUGUGCAGUCCAUCACAGUAAAGAUUAAAUCUGCAUUAUUUAAAUUACUUACUACUCACUGAGAUGGUGAUGCAAUUCAGGUCCAGAUUGAUUUUUAGUUUGCAAUGCAUUACCUCUUACUGAUAAUCUACAUUGUAAAAAAUCUUGUAGAAAAAUUAGUGGAAACUGAAUUAUACCUGGAAUGGUAGAAAAAAUACAUUUACAUUUCUGAAAUACAUGACUUUGAACGAUGUAUGGAAUACAUGAGGUAAAACAUGCAGAAACAGUGGGAUGGCCCUGAACAGUUAAAUUUGUGUUUUAUGAUCUAGAAUGGCAGCACCUUACAAGAUAGCCUCACCGCCGUCAGUGCGUGUGUGUGUGUGAGCGAGCGCACGCUGUGGACUGUCUGAGGGGCCGACAAAAAGCAAACAGGCAUCAUGCAGCAGUGGAUCACCAUCCCACAAAAUAUCAUGAUGCAUUUAUGGUAAAUCUUCAUCUUAGAUUCAUUAACCAAAUUAAAACUAAAUCAAGAAAAAUGUUGGAUCAGCAAAUUCCAGAUGAUUCCUGCACUCAUUGUGUUUAGUUCUUGGUGGUGAAGCCCAGCAGAGGAACACUGGUUGUGGCAGCUGUGAAUGCAUUAUGUGAAAACCUGAGCACACCAGUCCAACAGUCAGUGGUUUUAAGUGAAUGACCUUACUGUCUCUAUGCACAUCUGUGUAGUAGUGAACCAUGUGAUCACACAAAGGUAUUUAUGAGCUUUAACUUUGAUGGAAUACUUUCUCCAAAGCCUUAAAGACUGUAGUGCCGUCACCAGCAGUCACUAAUGAGGAUUUUUAUAUUGUGUAAGAAUUCAGUUGUUUUAUUGGAUGUAUAUAUUUGAUUGUUUGUACUAUUUCAGACAUUGCAAUAAACAGAU